AUGGACAACAGCCCUGGUGGUGGUGUUAUCUUGUACGCUGGCUCGUCCGGCAGUGCCAGUCCGAGUCCUGGCAGUCCUUCAAGUGGAUACCAGACCCAGUCGCCCUCCUCCCACUCGCAGCCUUCAUCCCCAGAGGGUGUCUCCUUUCAGGAGAUUGGGCCCCUGAAGCAGAGAGGGGAACAAGGGGGAGGGACUCCUUCCCCGCGAAUGGUCUUCCAGUUUCCUGAAGUAAACAAUGCUCCCGUUGCCCAAAUAACAACGGUAUCAUCGGCAACCUACAACCAUCCCACGGUAGCCAAAAGACCUUGUGGUUUCACUGGCACAUUCACCAAAACCGGAGGUAUGGUGCUUCUGUGUAAGGUGUGUGGGGACAUCGCAUCUGGUUUCCAUUACGGCGUACACGCCUGUGAAGGCUGCAAGGGGUUCUUCAGACGCAGCAUACAGCAGAAUAUCCACUACAAGAUGUGUGUAAAGAAUGAAAAGUGUCUCAUCAUGCGCAUGAACCGAAACCGGUGCCAGCACUGCCGCUUUAAGAAGUGUCUCUCCGUGGGCAUGUCCAGAGAUGCUGUGCGUUUUGGGCGAAUUCCCAAACGGGAGAAGCAGAGACUAUUGGAUGAGAUGCAGAGCUACAUGAACAGUCUCAACGAAUCAGCUUCCAUGGAAAUGGAGGUGUCACCUCCUCCUGAUGCCCCGUGCAGUCCACAGAACCAGACGAAUGAAGGAGCGGGCUCCAUAUCGCAGUCUUACCGCGGCAACUUGAUGAACGACGAGAAACCACUCAAGAUGGCCGCCGGCAACAGCAACAUUGGCACUUCGUCUUUCCAGAACAGUUCAGUACAGGAACCUUCCAUGUCGCACUCAGCAACCCAGACUCAACACACAGUUCAGGGGGAGCAGGUGAACCUGACAAGCUACCAUGUCUCCACAAACUGCCCUGUUGGCUCAACCAACAAUGAAAACUCCACUAACACUAACAUUGACAACGCCAAGUACACCUACUCCUCCAAUCAGAAUCAGUGCCCCUUCAGUGGCAGCAUGUCAUCUCAGUCCUACUCCUCCAAUCAGAACAGUUACCAAGCCAGGGAUUCCCAGAACCAAAGCCCUUGCCCUUGGAAGCUGAACGGAGGAGCCAAAGUGCUGGCAUGUCCACUCAAUUCGUGUCCCGUGGCUCCGGCCAGUCGCUCCAGUCAGGAGGUGUGGGAGUCUUUCUCCCAGUGCUUCACCCCUGCUGUUAAAGAAGUAGUGGAGUUCGCAAAGAGCAUCCCGGGGUUCCAGACUCUUAGCCAGCAUGAUCAGGUCAUGCUGCUCAAAUCUGGCACUUUCCAGGUGCUGAUGGUGAGGUUUUGCUCACUGUUUGACCCUAAGGAGAGGACAGUGACGUUCCUCAACGGGCAGACCUACUCACUGGCAUCACUGAGGGCUCUCGGCAUGGGCUCCUUACUGGACGCCAUGUUCGAAUUCAGCGAGAAGCUUGGAUCUUUGGGUCUGGAGCCUGACGAGAUGGCUCUUUUCAUGGCUGUUGUGCUUGUUUCUGCUGAUCGAUCUGGUAUCGUUGAAGUGGGAGCAGUGGAGCAGCUGCAGGAGAAUCUAAUAAAAGCGCUGCGCUCUCUCAUCACCAGUCGCCGCCCAGAUGACAGCACACUCUUCCCAAAGUUGCUGCUACGUCUGCCAGACCUGCGCACCCUGAACAACCAUCACUCUGACAAGCUUUUAGCUUUCCGCAUAGAUCCUUGAGUUCAGAGAGCUAAGUCUGACUGAGGUAUCUGCUUUGGGGAGCCUCCCUGCGUCCCCAUGCAAGCGUGGCCUGCCACAUACAGUACACUGGCCUAUGCAUGAUGGACAGUUGUUGUGGGAGCUGUGCCAAGUCUGGUGCUAUGUCAAAAAAAAUAUCAGUGAAGGAUGUAGGCACAGCUGGAGGUGGAGGCUUCUGAACCCAAACCGAUUCCUCCUCCAGUCGUUUUUCACGAUUGCUUAAAAAAAACUAUCAAAACAUAGACUGUGUUCUUCCUUGGGUUCUUCGAGU